AUGGACAAACUGUACUCGCUGUACAGCGCCUCUCCAAAAAACAAGCGUGAGUUAAAAGACUGUGCACAAGAACUUGACAUUCAGAUGAACAAAAUCGGAAGAGUGUUGAGCACAAGAUGGGUAGCCAGUAGCUUUCGUACCGUUUCGGCUGUGUGGUUUGGCUUUCAAGCUUUGGCAAACCAUUUCUCUAAAGCCAUAAACGAUCCUGACAGAACAUCGACUGAAAAAAGCAAAUAUAGUGGUUUAUUAAAUAGGCUAACAUCUCAGAGUUUUCUACUAAACUUGGCCUUUAUGUUUGACAUUCUUGCUGAAUUGGCUUUGUUAUCAGAGAGCUUAGAGAAUAGAAACACUUCUAUUGUGUAUGCAGACAAACUAAUAAACAGAUCCGUAAGAUAUUUAGAGCACUUAAAGGAGAAGCCAGGCACGAAAGUUCUGGAAGCACAAAUCGCCAUAAAAGAAGGAAAUUUUGCAUCAGUUGUGUUAAAAACUAAUCCAAAAAUUGUAUCGUUCAAUGGACAGCAACUUAUUUCUAGUGUUAUAAAUAACCUAAAGCAAAGAAUGUUUGUCACCACAUUUGAUGGGGAAGCCCAAUAUGAAGAUCUUAUAAACUCUUUUAAAGUAUUAGAACCUGAGUAUUGGCCAACCUGCAUUCCACCAAGUUUUGGUCAAACUCAAGUAGAGCAACUGUGCAAGAGAUUUAAAUUGAACGUCAACAAAGCUGUCUCUGCCUACAGAGACUAUUUGGACAACAGCCGACAAGUGCCUGAUGGAUUGCAAGAACUGUUAAACUGCACUAAAAUAAUACCUUGCAGCUCAGCUGAUUGUGAACGGGGUUUCAGUUGUAUGAACAAUAUGGUUACACCAUCAAGAAACGCUUUGACUGUUGCUCAUGUAUCAUCAUUGAUGUUCAUAAAAAUCCAAGGUCCACCUCUCCAAGAAUGGCAGCCUGAGACGUACGUCACUAAAUGGCUGAGGAGCCACCGGUCUGCAGACGAUUCCAGGACAAGAGUUGCAGAAAACCCAAAAAAGAACGCAAAGAAGGAUGCAUUUUGGCACUUACUUUGA